GAAGGACGUCGGCCCCACUCCAGGGGAGACGCUGUCCCCGCUGCCCGGCCAAGCCGCACCUUUUCAGGCUUCGGCUCCCGCCCUGAGGCCCCGCCCUGGGGAGCAGCACCCACCCUGGGAGCCCGGGUGGUGGCCAGGGGCAUGAGACUAGCCAAGUGCCCGGGCCUCCUCGGCCGAGGCCGCACAGACUUGCGAUGGCGGUGCAGCUGGCCCGCCACAGUGUAGGGUAAACACAAGACGUGAAGAGUAGUGAAAGGGACUAAGUGGUGGCCAAAGAGGCCUGAGAGAGAAGCCGGGUCAGCACCGUGUGGACAGCCCUGCACUGUUUUCCAAAGAUGCUCUUGAAGUAGUCCUCAUUAACACAGCUUGCCUUCACCUGCCAAAGCUCUUCAUCAUGGGCUGCAUGAAGUCAAAGGAAACGUUCCCAUUUCCUACCACAUUGGACAUUGACAAGCUGCAUGAGAGUGAGGAGGCCUUUAUUCCAGAUGAUAGCAGUCAAUAUAGGACACCUUCUCCAGAUGAACAACAGCAAGUCCAGGGAGUGAAAAAACUCCCAGAGCCCGGUGCUGCGAUCGGUGCCCUGAUCCUUGAAUUUGCAGACCAUCUGGCCAGUGAAAUUGUGGAGGAUGCCUUGCAGCAGUGGGCAUGUGAAAACAUCCAAUACUACAACAUCCCAUACAUCGAGAGUGAGGGCUCAGACACCACCAUUAAUUGAUGAUAAUCAACUGUGCUCUGGAUGUAGUCGGUGCUAGUUAAAUACAUAAGUUUUCAAAUUCCAAUGUCUAUGGUAUUAAUGUAGGGAUGCUUAUGAGGAAAUAUAAUUUUAAGCAGUUCUACUAUUUUAACAUCAAUGUAUAUCUGCUUGAUCUCAAGUUUUGGUCACAGAAGGCCUGGAAAGAGGUCUUAUGCCACCCAGUCAUUAGCUGUCAUACCAUGCUCUUACUGGGGCAGGAAUGACAUCACCAAAGAAAAUGUUAAAUAAAAAGUGCCCAAGUUCCAAAUGGUUAUUUUAAAGGGUUGACUUUAAAAGGACUAUUUGGUUAAUUUAUACCAAAAACAAAACAAAAGGCCCAGAACACGAAAGGGAAAUUCCUUAGAAUGUAAAAAAAGUGAGGAAUAGAACUCUAGUCAUAGUGAUCCAUAGCAUGUCUAUUGUCAAAACCGUUUGUGUCGGAGAUUGCCCACUCCCUGACACCUAUGGCCUACCGUUAGAAAACCACCAGUGGAGAGGGCCGCCUUGAAUGUCGGAAGUCUAUUUUUGCAGAUGGAAAGAGUAGCAACCACACUCAGCCUCAGGGUCAUGCCAUAGCUGUUUCUGGAUGAUUUACACUUUGCAUGUUACAGCCAUCUUUAAAAGAUAAUUUAUAGAAGUCAUGAUAGUUUAUCACAUUGAAAUAAGAAUCUCCUUGGUACCUUUUAUUCAGUAAAUCUUAAAAAUGACAGAAAUUUAGUCUGCAAGGUGAAAAUUUGAGCUUGGGUUUCCAUGACUAACAAUGUAUAGAGCCUCACUGCAGUGCUGGUACAGGGGUGGAUGUGUACAUGGUAUAAGAGGACUUGCAAUUCUCCUCCCAAAGGGCCCACCUGUGUGGGAUUUAGCAGUCACUCAUGCCCUUGGAACACUCUUAGCCACAUACUCUACUCCUGAAUGGAGAACUUGUGUGGGUUUUAGCAGUCAUGCAUGCCCACAGAAUACUUUUAGCCAUAUUGUAGAAGUGUUAUAAAUUAGGCAAAAAACUAUCAUAUGCUUUAUUUUUUUUAAAUCUUAACUGUUUAAAGCUCAACAGUAACAGAAGAGUUUAAACAAAAUCAAUAGAAGAGGACUUAGUGUCUAGAAUCACCAAGCUGUGCUAAACACUGAGUAAGAGGAAAUGGGGCCCAUCUAUACCAGUCCUUCAAGGAUACAAUUUAUCAGCAUUCUUGAAAUCCAAAGCCAUUAAAGAAAGGUUUUUGAUAUCAUUGUGAGCUAAAUAGGUACUUGACUUUAUUCAUAGUGAGAAAUGCUGCCUCUAGUUUUAUGGUAAUACAUUGAAACAUAAGUCAAACUGUGUGAAUUCUCCUAGUUUUAGGAACAGAGAGGUUGUUAAAAUUAGUGACAGCCAUCAUUCAGAUACCCAUUCAUUCUGUUAGUUUCACUAAACACUGGGAGUCACAAUGUUCCACCACACACAGUGCUCCAUUACACAGCUGGUGAUUGGACAGCUCACAGAACUGCAAGCAACCACUCCUGCUCCUAUGCCUUCCACUUAGUUCAUGAAGCAGUGUAGUUUCCAAUGUCUAUACUGAUGAUUCAGGCUCAAGCCCCUAGGUCAUGAUGUUUCUUAUUCAAUUGGUUUCUCAUAUGAAGAUGCCUGUUGCAAAUUUUCUUGUUAUUUAACAAAUAUAAUUAAGUAUAUAAAAUAUAUAUGUUGGUCAGAACAUAAAGACAAAAUCUACACAGAGAUAUUGGCAAGUGGGUAUGGGUUGAGCAUUUCAAAGAAGGUUCAUUCUUUGUCCAAGGGUUGAGCCUGCCCAGUCCACAUCUACCUAGAUGUCUGCUCUCUGCUGCCCCUAUGCUUCACAGCUAUAGUUUAAGCAACUAUG